AUGACUGCUCGGGACCAGCUGGUGCAGCAGGUGCUGCAGGAGCUGCAGGAGGCAGUGGAGUCUGAGGGCCUGGAGGGUCUUGUUAGCGCCGCCCUGGAGGCCAAGCAGGUUCUGUCUUCCUUCCCCCUCCCCACCUGUCGGCAGAGGAGUCCGGACCUUCAGGUGCUGGAGGUGGACUCGGUGGCCUUGAGCUUGUACCCAGAGGAUGCUCCAAGGAACAUGCUGCCGCUGGUGUGUGAAGGCCAGGGCAGCCUGCUGUUCGAGGCGGUCAGCGUGCUGCUGUGGGGCGACCCGGGCCUCAGCCUGGAGCUGCGGGCCCGCACCGUGGUGGAGAUGCUGCUGCACAGACACUACUACCUCCAGGGCAUGAUCGACUCCAAGGUGAUGCUGCAGGCCGUGCGCUACUCCCUGUGCUCGGAGGAGUCCCCCGAGAUGACCAGCCUGCCAUCCACCACGCUGGAGGCCAUCUUUGACGCAGACGUCAAGGCCACCUGCUUCCCCAACAGCUUCUCCAACGUGUGGCACUUGUACGCCCUCGCCUCGGUGCUUCGGCGAAACAUCUACUCCAUCUACCCCAUGCGCAACCUCAAGAUCCGGCCCUACUUUAACCGCGUCAUCCGGCCCCGCCGCUGUGACCACAUGCCAUCCACACUGCACAUCAUGUGGGCCGGCCAGCCCCUCGGCAGCCACCUCUGCCGCCACCAGUACUUUGCCCCCAUCGUGGGGCUGGAGGAGGUGGAGGCCGAAGGUGCUCCUGGGCUGGCCCAGGCUCCUCCUGCCCUGGCCCCAUCACCACCGCCAGCCAAGACCCUGGAGCUGCUCAACCGCGAACCUGGCCUCAGCUACUCCCACCUCUGUGAGCGCUACAGCGUCACCAAGAGCACCUUCUACCGCUGGCGGCGGCAGUCCCAGGAGCACCGGCAGAAGGUGGCUGCCCGUUUCUCGGCUAAGCACUUCCUGCAAGACAGCUUCUAUCGCGGGGGCGUGGUGCCUUUGCAGCAGUUCCUCCAGAGGUUCCCCGAGAUCUCCCGCUCCACCUACUACGCCUGGAAGCAUGAGCUGCUGGGCUCAGGAGCCUACCCGGCCCUGGCCCCUAAGCAGGUGGGGACCACAGAGGAGCUGGGGAAGCUGCCGGAGCGGGAGGGGGCUGAAGGGCCGGGGGGCUCCCCUCUGGCAGCGCCAAGCCCCGGAAUAGUCUUUAUGCAGCGGGCCAAGCUGUACCUGGAGCACUGCAUCUCCCUGAACACGCUGGUACCCUAUCGCUGCUUCAAACGCAGAUUCCCUGGCAUCUCCAGGUCCACCUACUACAACUGGCGGCGAAAGGCCCUCCGCAGGAACCCCAGCUUCAAGCCGGCGCCAGCCCUGUCCCCCUCCAAGGCUCCCCAGCCAGCGUCUGUGGAGGAAGGGGCCCUGAUCCCUUGGAAGGGUGAGGCAGGAGGGGGGACAGGGAAAACCACAGGUGGGGGAUCACCUGUCCCCCGGGAGCUCCUGCCCCUGAAGAUACCCCUGUCCCGUUGGCAGAGGCGUCUGCGCAGGGCUGCUCGCAAACAGGUGCUGGGUGGGCAGCUGCCCUUCUGUCGCUUCCGCCUCCGCUACCCAAGCCUGUCACCUUCUACCUUUUGGGCGUGGAAGAGUCUGGCUCGCGGCUGGCCCAGAGGCCUGUCCACAUUCCGAAAGCAGGCCCUCACCUUGGGCAAACGGGGACAGGAGGCUGAGGAGAAGCCAGAGAAGGAAGCUGGCAGGAAUGUGACAUCUGUGACGGCCCCACCUGCAGUGACUCCACCAGUGGGGUCCUCUUCAGGAGAGGAUCCAGUGGAGGUUCAGGAAGGGACUUCCAGAGGGGGAACCCUGCAAGAGCAGGCCACGGCGCAGGGCCAGCUCCACAGGGAGUCCCUGUCGAGUCACCCUGUGGCAGCAGCGGGCAGCAGAGAUGGCCAGGUGCUGGUGAUGGACAUGAUCACCACGACAAAGUUCAAGGCCCAGGCCAAGCUGUUCCUGCAGAAGCGCUUCCAGUCCAAGAGCUUCCCGUCCUACAAGGAGUUCAGUGCCCUCUUCCCUCUCACUGCCCGCUCCACCUACUACAUGUGGAAGAGGGCCUUGUACGAGGGCCUCACCCUGGUCGACGGCUGACGGAGGUGCCCAAGGACAUAGGGGGCCAGUUUGGGGACCCAAGCCGCCCCCUGGCUUGGCCACGCGUUCAGUUUCUACUCUGAAUCAAAGGGCUUAUUUGUGUUAUUUCCUGGCUCCAGGGUAGAGUCAGAAAUGGGCCAUGCGAUCUGCGGAAAGCUAGAAGUCCAGGGGUGUCGCUUCGGUUGGUUGUUGACUGAUACUUUUAUUGCCGAGUUUUAGUUUUUUUUUGUUUGACUUCAGUGGGCUGGUGGCUCCUUGCUGUGUGGGAAGCUGUAUGUGUGUGUGCAGGAUACGGAGUGGGUUAGCUUUUAGCUAACCUAGAACAAAAGGAGUGACAGAGCAUGGCCAUCUGUCCCAGCUGGUAGAGCAGGUGUCCAUCCUCAGUUUCUUUUGGGGGUUAGCACCCUAUUUACUCAAAAGAUGUUUCCCAAAGGGACACUAAAACUGAAGGUGGGCCAGGUCAGUGGCUUCUGCCUGGUGUUCCGCGGAGGAGGUAGCAUGAACAGCAGGGAUGUACUGGGAUGCAGGUGCACAGCCACAGCUGGGCCUCCAGGGGAAGGCCUGGGCACCUGAGAUUACAGACCCGCUUGUCCCCAGCUGGGAGUGUGCUGGGGCGAGGGAGAAGGCUGGCAGGGAGAGGCACAGGCUAUCUGGGGACCUAGUCCAGCAGCUCUGCUUGCUGGUGCUUGGUCAUCUGGUCACCCCACAGUUCUCUGCCAGCUUGGCUGGCUGUGGGGGACGCUGCCUUUCUGCUGAGCCCCAUCUUCACGGAGGGAACACAAAGCGGUCAGGCAGGUGGGAGACUGAAUUUGCACUGUCUGAGUGAAGUUGGAAAAACCAAAGAAAUAAAGUGACGUGGU